AUGGACAGUAGCAGCAGUAGUAGCAGCAGCAGCAACGCAGCUGGCAACUCGUCCUCGUCCAGUCCGCUGAGCAGCACGACUAACUUGACGACACCGGCGAGCAGCGGUGAGCUUUCGCCGGUCUCACAAUCCGCUUCGACUAUGCAGGCUCUCCUCGUGCGGAGCUUCCGCCAAGGAUGGGACCGCGCGUUCGAGCUGCAUCAUGCAUGGCCGCGUCCCACAGUGCGCAAGGCGACGGAAGUGCUCAUCCGCAACAAGUGCAUCGGGCUCAACCCAGUCGACUUUAAGAGUAUCCUCUUUCGCUUUGGUAUCUCGAGCUUUCCGUGGGUGCUCGGGCGUGACGUCGCAGGCAUCAUCGAAGAUGUUGGUGCGGAUGUGCACGACCUGAAAGCAGGCGAUCGGGUGUGGACGUGUGCCGAUUCGCGCGAUGUGCGUUGCGGCGCAUAUCAAGAGUGGAGCAUUGCAGAAGCAGCGACAGUUGGCAAGAUCCCAGAUAAUAUGUCUGAUGACCAAGCCGCAACCCUCGGCACAGGACUCGUCACAGCUGCGAUUGCGCUAUACUGGCUCUUCAAGCUACCGCUCCCCUCUGAAUCUAGAGCCCCCGGGAGUGGAACUGACUCAUCGCUUGACCCAGAUGACUGGGUGUUGAUCUACGGCGGCGGUGCAAUCACAGGCAUUUUUGCUGCGCAGCUUGCCUCUCUAUCAGGCACCAAGGUGCUAGCCGUUGCAUCACCGUCCAACUUUACGCACCUGCAAACAUCGUGCGGCAUCGCCGUGUGCGUUGACCGCUUCCUCCCGCCUGCAGAAAUCGAAGCGCAAAUUCUCGAGCGGAUUGGCAAGAGCGGCCGCAUCAGGUUCGCACUUGACUGCGUAGGCUCAAAGACGGCAGGCGUUUGCGCGAACGUGUUGCGCCGCUCUCGACGAGGGUGGUUAGGAGAGUGUCACUUUGUCGGUCUCGCGGGAAAUCCAAAGGAAGUCCCGCCGGAGGACGCCAAGCUCAUCAUCCAUCGCAUCAGCUUUAGCACAACGUUCUACGGCUCAGCUCCCUGGUCUAGACGCAUCCUCGCCGAGCUCACUACGCUGCUCGCUACUCGACAGCUGCAUCCGGUACACCCACUGCCCAUCCCGGACGGCUUGGCGGGCGUGCGCAAGGGUCUUGAGAUGCUCAAGGAUGGAGUAGCGCCGAGCGCGCUCAAGCUUGUCGCACGCAUCGAAGACACCCCGGCGGCCGACCUAACCAAUUUAGGCGUCAGAUGCGAGCUGGGGUGGAAUGGAGCGUAA